AUGCCUAACGCUCCUCCGGAAUCGGUCGCGUGGCUCCCACCGCUCGACCGACUCUCCUUCGCGGAGGACGACGAAUACGAAAACAGCGAGAAGAACCUCACGAUGCGAAACGAGAGAACGUAUGAAUCGAAAUCGGGGGAAAGCGCGUAUACCAUCGCGAGGAAAGACGGCGAAAGUACCAUCGACGACGAAAACGAGGAAGAGUUUAUCGAAUAUAAAGAAAAAGUGGAGAGGGUGCAAGACGUGAUGGAGUUCAUCUCGAAGAACAAGAACUGGUUGAAACUCGCGCGAACGCAGAAGAUGCGAGAGUAUAGGGCGAAGACGGGGUUGGUGGACGCUCGGUUAGACGAGGAGGAAGAAGAGGACGCCGCUGCCGAGGGGGUGACUGUACCGGAGGCGUUCGAACACGAAACGUUUUUAGACGAGCGUGGGAAUAUUACCGGGCGAGCUUUGUACGUGUGCAUAACUUCGUUUUGGUUGCGAGUGUAUUAUAACUUGGCGCAGUUUGAGUUGAACGCGAGCGAACUGGACGAUAUCACCAACAGAGCGCUGGUGCCGAAAGAGAAGGUGAGCGAAUGGUUUGAGUUCGCGAGGACGAAUUAUAACAAAUUAAGCGCCAAGGAAUCAAAAGAAUAUUACGAUUGCGAGAUGGUGAAGCUGAAAAAGUUCGAACAGCUGGUGGACGAAGAUUUUCAAGAGGCGUAUAGGACGAAUAACGGGUUGCGUUUGCAAAGGUAUUACGGGGAAGUGGAGGGAUUCGCCGCGGCGGGCGGGUUCGGGAUGACAAAAACGGACGUGGAGUACGAUCCUUUGUACCGAGCGAUGGUGAAAUUUGACGAGCUCGUUGAGAGCGAGCGAGUGGCAAAAGAAGAAGAAGAGCGAAAGAAACAAGAAGAAGAAAAUCAGACGUUGGACAGGGAUCAGUUGGAACGUAUAUUCCAAGACGGUUCUGCGGAACAUCCGUACUUGUUGGAUCGAAAAGCGUCGGAGACUUCCGGCCGUUGGAGUACUUUAGAAACAGAUUUUGACCAGAAACUGACGUUAAAGAAAAAUCACCCGGAAGAUCCAACGGAUACCGGCGACGAGGACGACGGACAAGAGUGGUUGAAGGACGGCGGAUGGGAGGCGUUGCCGGACCACACCGCAGUGGACGCCAGAGACGGCUCGGCGUUAAAGUUCGUCGGGGUGAAGCACGCGGAAGAUCCAGAAACCGGUAAAGUCACCUCCGAUUGGAACGAAGCGUAUGAUUUCUCAACGUGGAUGUACGAACGCCCCGCGAAUGCAACGAAGUACCCGGUGUUAGAUUCGAUCGAUCAAAACGAAUUGUUGCACUUGAAUAAAACCCAAAUGCCGAGCGCCGCAGAGAUGCAAACGUAUGAGUCUGCCAGAAAACUCGUCGCAGGCGACGAUCGCAACGCCGAUCGGAAAAUAGGAGAACCAGACAGAAAAAUGCUCACGAGACUAGAAGUAGGCGAAACGCUAAAAGCGAAAGUGAAGUCAUUAGAUUUAUACCACGGCGCGUUGGUCGAUUGCGGCACGGAAAUUGACGGAUUGAUUCCCAUCGCAGAAGCGGAUAUCCCCCGCGCGAGAGUCUUUCUCGCCGUCGGUAGUGAGUUGGAAGUUAAGGUUUCGCGCGUGCAUGCCAAGUUUUGGCGUAUACGGUUCCCUUUGGAAGUCAUGCCUGUAGAACAAAAGAUUCUCGACGAGUUGAAAAAUGGGCAUCCGCACGAUUACGAUAAUCCACCAAUUAACAUUUACCAAGGUGAAAGUGAUGAGUUUGCGUUUCUUGAUGCCGGUCGAGAUAUCCGAUCCGCAGAAGCUAUUGCAAUUGCUACAAAAAGACGAGAGGAAGCGUUGGAGAAACGUCGCAUGCUCGAACGCAGAGAUAAGAGCAGCAUGAAGCGAUACGAGAAGGCGGCGAAGAGAGCGACUUUGGCGUCGCAAGCCAAGCCGAGCAGCGAGGAGGAGGAGGAGGAGGACGACGACGACGAGAUGAGCCCAAAGAAGAGCGCGGAAGAUUUGGAAAUCGAAGACGCUCACAAAAUCUCCUCGAAAAUCCGGCAGCAAUUCGAAGAGGAGGAGGAGGCGGCGUUGAACAAAAACGGCCCGCCACUCGGCGGCGGCGACGACUCCGCACGAAUCCCCUUGAAACCGCGAUCCAGUCGUCAAGAUGAGGAGGAUGCUGAAGAAGGCAUCACGCCAAACAGAGCCGCGGAAGAUUUACAAGUUGCAAAACUUCGCGAAGGUAAGGCCUUCGUCGACCCUGAAGCGGAUGAUUUACGCGGCGGCUUCUUUGGCGUCAACGAAGAGGAAGACGAUUUGUUCGACGAUGACGAAGACGACGACGAUGACGAAGAUAGACGACGUGGUAGCGGUAGUACUCGCGCGUCAAACAGUGUAUUAGGCAUAGACGAAGAUGACGUGGACGAUGAAGACGACGAUAUUGACGCCGACGAUGAAGAAGACCACUUCAACUUUGACGACGACGAAGAUUGA